AUUGAUUGCUUGUAUAGUGAGUGCUACGUAGAAUUUACUUAAGUGCAUUUACCAAAUAGUACACAACUGGGCUUUACUCCGACUUCAUCAAGAGCGGGAUACCGUUUUGUUAUUUUUCUUCCAAAUGCCAUGGAAGCUCUUUCUUUCCUCAGACUCGUGGAGAACCAUUGCCGCCACCACAACUCCACCGCGAAAAUGGACGACCAACACACUGCCUGACAAAAGGCACUGCGAAACGGACAUAGGUUGGAUGAAGAAGACUACUUCGAGCUGGAGAUCUCGCGCGACAUCACUGACAGCGACUCCAAAGCAGUUGCUUCGGCCUCCUUCUUUGAGCUGGAGCUUCACGCCCGACAUCAUCCACAGCGGCCAAAGCCGCCAACUUGCUUCUUCCCGACGGGUGCUUCGGCCUCACUCGAAGUCCCUUCCCCAUCCUCGGCAAAGAGCCCGCCAUUGCCAGAGACGGUGCUGGCGAUGCCGGGGCGACUCGACCGAGGGGAACUUCACGAGGUCACUGUAUCUCUUGGAGACGCCCCCGUACAUGGGCUUCCCCAGAUUCAAGUACUUCUGCAACACGUCCUUCAAAAGCCGCUUCGAACUAGAACCAUCAGACCACAAGCUCUCUGUCAUUUUACCACGCGAAAGACCGCGGGUCUGUUUUUCUCUUCUCGUUUAACCAUUCGUCUUCAGAGUUGCUUUCGGUGAUGUCAUGCGUGAGCUCCAGCUCGAAGAGGAGUCGUCUUCUUCAUCGCGUGUUUCUUCUGGCGUUGUGCUGGUGGUAAAGGGUCUCUACGAGAGUACGAGGAAAGAGAGAGCUUUCAUGGCUUUAGGAAGAAGAGAAGAACAGAAUGGUGAUUAGAGUGUGGCCCAAUUGUCUACUCGUGGCAACUGAUUAAUGGGAUUAUGUAAACCAUACCUGGCACUGUUCAAGCACCUAAUAUUUUCUCUCAAGUAUGUUAUUUAAUGCCUGAGCAUGCUCGAAUUCUUUUUCAUGGAAAAGAGGAGCUUUUCGGGUUCAAUGGGAGAAAAUUUCGACCUCUAGAGAAGAAGGCAACCAGCCGCCACCGCGGCAGUGGCAAAACAUGCCGACUUCGUCUGCCAGUAGCCAUAGAGAGUCCAUCGUCGGCAGUGAGAUCGUGCCAUCUUCGCUUAAGGAGAUCGCGCCAAUUCUCCGUGUGGCUGAUGAAAUCGAGAGCAACAAACCUAGAGUGGCUUAUCUCUGUCGAAUUUAUGCUUUCGAGAAGGCUCAAGAGUUGGAUCCCACUUCUAGAGGACGUAAUGUUCGUCAAUUUAAGACUGCUCUCCUUAAGCGUAUUGGCAAGGCCAACGAUCCAACCUUGAAGGUAUUGGCUAAAAAAAGUGAUGCAAGUGAAAUGAAGAGUUUUUAUCAGGAUUACUAUAGAGGAAAAAUUAAACCUUUGCAAAAUGCUGCUGAUAAAGCUCAUCGUGCACAGCUUUCCAAGGCUUGCAUAACUGGUGUUGUACUCUUUGAAGUGUUGGAAGCUGUUUAUACCACGCUAUCCAUUAAAAUUGAAAAGGAGAUUUUGAAGGCACGGAAUAAAGUAGAAGAAAAUAUGCAAAUUUAUGCUCCUUACAACAUUCUCCCUCUGGUUCCUGUUGGUGCAAAUCAGGCAAUUAGUAAAUAUCCUGAGAUCCAAUCUGCUGUAAAGGCUCUUCACAAAACUGAGGACCUUCCAUGGCCAAACGGCCAUGAAAAGAAGAAGCAUGGAGAUGUUCUAGAUUGGCUCCAGGCAAUUUUUGGAUUUCAGGAGGAUAAUGUGGCAAACCAAAGGGAACACUUGAUUUUAUUGCUUGCAAACGUGCACAUUCGGAGAUCUCCGAGAUCCGAGUCACAGGAUCAGGUACUCACAGAAGUGAUGAAGAAACUUUUUGAGAACUACGAAAAAUGGUACAAGUUUUUGGACGAGAAGAGCAAUCUUCGCUUACCGGAGACUAAAGCGCAGCAGCGUAAACUUCUCUACAUUGGUCUAUAUCUUCUAAUUUGGGGGGAAGCAGCAAAUCUGAGAUUCAUGCCAGAAUGCCUUUGCUAUAUUUUCCAUCGUAUGGCUGACGAUGUGAAUGGAAGGCUCCAUGAUAAUAGUGUCAGUCGAAGAAAUAUGGAGCCCGCUUAUGGAGGUGGAGAAGAGGCCUUCUUGAGAAAAGUCGUUACUCCAUUUUAUCAAGUGAUUGCGAAGGAAGCGGAAAGGGGUAAGCGUGGAAGAUCAGCGCAUUCUCAAUGGAGGAACUAUGAUGAUUUAAAUGAAUACUUUUGGUCAGUUGAUUGUUUCCAGUUGGGUUGGCCGAUGAAGCCGGAGGCCCAUUUUUUUCACGUUCCUGCUGCUGAGGAUUCUAUACCUGCCAGUCAAGAUCGAUGGGUUGGGAAAGUAAAUUUUGUUGAGAUUCGGUCUUUCUGGCACAUUUUCAGAAGCUUUGAUCGGAUGUGGAGCUUCUUUAUUCUAUGCUUACAGGCAAUGAUAAUUGUUGCUUGGAAUGGCUCUGGGGAUCCAAAUGCUCUCUUUACUCCUGAUGUUUUUAAGAAAGUGUUGUCUAUCUUUAUAACUGCUCCGAUACUGAAGCUAGUGCAAGCUGUGCUUGAUGUAAUUCUCAGCUGGAAAGCACAAUGGAGCAUGACUUCGUUUGUAAAGCUGAGAUAUAUCUUGAAGGUUGUUUUGGCUGCUGUUUGGGUUAUCAUUCUGCCAGUAACAUAUGCUUAUACAUGGGCAAAUGCUCCUGGUUUGGCUCAAACCAUUAAAAGCUGGUUUGGCAAUGGUUCAAAUUCACCUUCCUUGUUUGUCUUAGCUGUUGUGAUUUACCUCUCUCCAAAUAUGCUCGCUGCACUGUUGUUUCUCUUCCCUUUGAUCCGUCGAUCCCUGGAGAGGUCGAAUUAUAAGAUUGUGAUGCUCAUGAUGUGGUGGUCACAGCCUCGGCUCUAUGUUGGGAGGGGAAUGCAUGAAAGCACGUUCUGUCUCUUCAAGUACACGUUAUUCUGGGUUCUUCUGAUGAUUACAAAGUUGGCAUUCAGCUAUUACAUAGAGAUAAAGCCUUUGGUGGGUCUUACAAAAGCUAUAAUGAGUGUUCGGGUAACAAAUUUCCAGUGGCACGAAUUCUUUCCACGAGCAGAAAACAAUAUUGGUGUCGUGAUUGCCCUAUGGGCUCCGGUUAUCCUGGUCUACUUUAUGGAUACUCAAAUAUGGUAUGCAAUAUUCUCCACGUUAUGUGGAGGAUUUUGUGGUGUCAUUCGUGGGCUCGGAGAGGUACGGACAUUGGGAAUGCUUAGAUCUCGUUUCCAAUCUUUGCCGGAUGCUUUCAAUGUCCAUUUAAUCGCAAAAGGAGGUUGA